CCUGGGAAUAUUAGUUUAUGCAAUUUAGAAUUUGCACAAUUUGCUGGAGACAUCUGACUGAGGUUCAAUAGAUAUAAAAGGUUAAACAGAUCUUAAUGGCAGAUGUGAAAGGAUAAGCCCACGCAACUCCUUGAAUUCUCCCACACCCAAGGUCAUAAUAUUAUUCUGGAAAUUGGAUAUCAUCCUGACUGCUGAAGCACCCUUUCUUAAACAGCAGAAGAUAUUACAAAGACUCGGGCCUAAAAGACACACCAUUAAAGCUUGGAGCCCACAAAACUGAGAAAGGACACUGGAUCUACUGUACUUUCUCAGCAUUGUGUUCCACAGGACUAAGAGCCCAGCAUUGCUGGGGAAGCUUUAACAAUGGCAGAGGGAGACAUCACAACAUUCAAUGCCAUUACAGAGUCUUUCAGUCUUCCAAUUGGCAACUACAAGAAACCAAAGCUUCUGUACUGUAAUAACGGAGGGUAUUUUUUGCGUAUCCUUCCAGAAGGGGUUGUGGAUGGAACAAGAGACAGAAAUGACCUUUACAUUACACUGAAAUUAAGUGCACUAAGUCAAGGUGAGGUCCAUAUCAAGACCACAGAGACAGGGUGUUAUUUAGCCAUGGACUCCAGUGGACAGUUAUAUGGAACUCUGACGCCAAAUGAAGAAUGCCUGUUUCUGGAGACAUUAGAAGAGAAUCAUUAUAACACAUACAAGUCAAAGAAGUACGCAGACAUGAACUGGUUUGUGGGGAUAAAGAAGAACGGGGCAAGCAAAAAGGGGUCAAGGACUCACUAUGGACAAAAAGCCAUCCUUUUCCUACCUCUGCCAGCAUCACCUGACUAGCAAACACCACCAAAAUAACCGACUUGACUCCCAAGAAGCAAAUCACGUAGCUCUUCAGCCGUUUCUUUAACUAUACUAUAACGUUCACCAUUGACAGGGCCAGUGAUAGAGAUGCGGGGACUUACAGGAAGACUAGGACCCCAAUCUAAGUUGGCAAAGAUAAAACAAGAAAGUAAUUUAGGGAUGUCCAAACCAUGACCCUCCAGCUGCAGUUUUACUACAACUCUCAGCCCUCCCUUCCUGCAACCUUUGCUUGACACAUGCCAGUUUAACAACAGCAGGAGGGCCACAUGUUAAACAUUCCUCAGAUAUAUUAUAUUAACAUAUUAAAAAAAUUGAACAGUCAUUAUGCAAUGUAAUAUGUUUUCUCCUAAGGAAGCCUGUAAUAUUGAGGUCCCAGGACAACUGCCCUUUCUGCUCUACUCUAAAAUCAGCAAGUAGCAGGUUCAGAUGCUUUCUGUAUACAGUCAUGUUAUGAUGUAAAGGGAAAGUUCACCUUUAACUUCAAAGAGUUGGUUCACCUUUAAGUAUAUUAUAGAGUGGGCAAUUAUUAGCUACUUUUCAGUUGGUCUUCAUUAUUUAUUUUUUUAUAUCUUAUUUAAA